CCCAUCUCUCCGCGCGCGCCCCCGCCUUGCCGGUGAGCCUGUUUGGCGGGAAGUUGGCUUAGUUGGCCUACCUGUGGCUCAGCGGGUUCUGUGGUCCCCGCCUUGUUUUUCCCAAGAAGCUUCUCAAUCUUUCGUCGGUCAUCUCGGCAUAAGGCAUAGUACCCCUUCGCACGGAGGACGCCAUGGCUCCCAGGAAACGCCCAGAAACCCAGAAGACCCCCGAGGUGGUUGUGCGCCCCAAGAGCAAGAGGAACAGAAGCCCCUGGGAGCUGGAGCCCGAGGCCAAGAAGCUCUGUUUGAAGGGCCCCGGUCCUAGCAGAAGAUUUGACUCAGGCUGCCUUUGGGCGGGGUUGGCUAGCCUGCGGGUCCCGCCACCAUGCAGCAUCGUCAGGGCCCUCCACCGGCAUAAGCUGGGCACAGCUGCCUGGCCAUCACUACAGCAGGGUCUCCAGCAGUCCUUUUUGAACUCUCUGGCUUCUUACCGGAUAUUCCAAAAGGCUGCCCCUUUUGACAGGAGGGCCACAUCCCUGGCGUGGCACCCAACUCACCCCAGCACCCUGGCUGUGGGUUCCAAAGGGGGAGAUAUCUUGCUCUGGAACUUUGGCAUAAAGGACAAACCCACCUUCAUUAAAGGGAUUGGAGCUGGAGGGAGCAUCACUGGGCUGAAGUUUAACCCUCUCAAUACCAACCAGUUUUUCACCUCCUCAAUGGAGGGAACAACUAGGCUGCAAGACUUUAAAGGCAACACUCUCCGAGUUUUUGCCAGCUCAGGCACCUGCAACUUCUGGUUUUGCAGCCUGGAUGUGUCUGUCAGAAGCCGAGUGGUGGUCACAGGAGAUAACGUGGGGAACGUGAUCCUGCUGAACAUGGACGGCAGGGAGCUUUGGAAUCUGAGAAUGCACAAAAAGAAAGUGACCCACGUGGCCUUGAACCCGUGCUGUGAUUGGUUCCUGGCCACAGCCUCCGUAGAUCAAACAGUGAAAAUCUGGGACCUGCGCCAGGUUAGAGGGAAAUCCAGCUUUCUCUACUCGCUGCUGCACAGGCAUCCCGUCAACGCAGCUCAUUUCAGUCCCGACGGUGCCCAGCUCCUGACCACUGACCAGAAGAGUGAGAUCCGUGUUUACUCUGCCUCCCAGUGGGACUGCCCCCCAAGCCUGAUCCCACACCCUCAUCGCCACUUUCAGCACCUGACACCCAUCAAGGCAACCUGGCAUCCUCGGUACAACCUCAUUGUCGUGGGCCGAUACCCAGAUCCUAAUUUCAAAAGUUGUACCUCCCAUGAAUUAAGGACGAUCGAUGUGUUUGACGGAAGCUCAGGAAAGAUGAUGUAUCAGCUGUAUGACCCAGAAUCUUCUGGUAUCAUGUCGCUCAAUGAGUUCAAUCCCAUGGGGGACACACUGGCCUCUGUGAUGGGUUAUCACAUUCUCAUUUGGAGCCAGGAGGAAGCUGGGAAGCGUAAAUGAGAGACAUUAAUGAAGGUGGGGGCCAAGCAAGGGCUUGGAGCCCCAUGGGAACAAGUUCUGCGAGAAGAGGCGGCUUUGUGUUAAAGGGCCAGAGGUAUCCGAGUCCUUAGGGUUGGAGCAGGGGCACUGGGACUGCGACACUGGGACUGGGACACUGGCAUGUACUGUUCUGGACGUAGCUCCAGAAACUCCAGAGUUGGCGACCCAGCUGCCCCAAGGGUCCUUGCUAUAUCUAGCCUGGAGCCAAGCUUCUCUUUUCUCCUCUCUGACAUGCAGUGGCAGAGGAUCAGGUAGUGGUUUUCGAUUUGUGUUCACUAUUCACAUGGCCAAUAAAACCAUACCCGACUGAG